UCAGAGACGGCCAGUUAAUGGAGUCAAGCGGUCACGCCAAUGCGAUAAUAUUAGUGACAAACGAGACCGUAGCCGAUGUAAGGAGGAUUUUUACCUGAAAUAGUGCACCGGUCGCAGAUAGACACUAUCUCGACUACCAUGACCGCGAAGGAGUAGCGUUAUUUUAAACAAUUGGCUCGUUUGCAGUUGACGCGCCUAUCAACACAAAGGCCUAUGUAGCUAGUUAGCGUUGGUUUUUCAGCUAGCUAGCAUACAACGCCGACCACAGCUGCAGCAAAUUACCAGGCGUGCUAUUUUAAUGUUUUAACUGUGACACAGUUAGCGUGCUCUGCAGAUAAUACAGUAUUGAGUAUUUUCCUGCUUUUCUACGACAAUGGCGGAACAGGGUGCAGUUGUCAUGCAGCAGAAUCUGGACAGGAGCUGUUGGGUGUGCUUCGCCACAGAUGAGGACGACCGCACAGCAGAGUGGGUGCGUCCGUGUCGCUGCCGCGGCUCCACCAAGUGGGUUCACCAGGCCUGCCUGCAGCGCUGGGUGGACGAGAAGCAGCGGGGCAACAGCACGGCACGCGUGGCCUGCCCACAAUGCAACGCAGAAUACCUCAUCGUCUUUCCCAAAUUAGGUCCUGUGGUGUACGUGCUAGACCUGGCUGACCGGCUCAUCUCUAAGGCCGGCCCCUUCGCUGCCGCUGGCAUCAUGGUGGGCUCCAUCUACUGGACCGCGGUCACCUACGGAGCUGUCACUGUCAUGCAGGUGGUUGGCCAUAAGGAGGGCCUGGACGUUAUGGAGCGGGCCGACCCUCUGUUCCUGCUCAUCGGCCUGCCCACCAUCCCUGUCAUGCUCAUCCUCGGCAAGAUGAUCCGCUGGGAGGACUAUGUCCUACGCCUGUGGAGGAAGUACUCUAACAAACUGCAGAUCCUCAACAGCAUCUUCCCAGGGAUUGGCUGCCCAGUUCCUCGUAUCCCGGCAGAGGCCAGCCCCCUGGCAGACCACGUAUCGGCCACACGGAUCCUGUGCGGCGCUCUGGUCUUCCCCACCAUCGCCACCAUCGUGGGGAAGCUCAUGUUCAGCAGCGUCAACUCCAACCUGCAGAGGACCAUCCUGGGAGGUAUUGCCUUCGUGGCCAUCAAGGGGGCGUUUAAGGUGUACUUCAAACAGCAGCAGUACCUGAGGCAAGCCCACCGUAAGAUCCUCAACUUCCCCGAGCAGGAGGAAGCCUGAGGAGGCCCCGCAGUCCGGAGGGUGGACAGCCGGACGAGCAGCACACCUCUGCCAGAGGGGGUGAGGAUAUAUGAACUGUCAGACUGAGAGCAGGAAGUGCCGGUGAAACAGACUUAGGAUCAGUGUCACUCUAACCACCUUUUCCUCCCUACUCCUCACCCCGUCUGGAGUGAUUUAUCGCACCGUCGCUGACAUUCACGCAAGGAUCCCCCACCGCCGCCGCCGCCACCACACUUUGUUUUUAAACUUUUGACGCUUUGUUAAGGUGAAGACGGAUGUGGACACAGACUGGAGCAUGUUUGCAGUUACACACAUUAACACACAGGACGGUGUGACUGUCGGGAGGAUGUGCUUCAACAAUCACAUUACUAAUACUUAUUGUAAACUUAACUGUAUUUUAAAGCUAAAAGAUGCGGGGCAUGUGUAAUUAGAAAGUUUUAUAAUAAUAAUAAUAAUAAAUGAUUGUUUUAUAAUGUUUAUUUUGCAGACUUGGCCCCCCCCCCCCCCCCCUCCGCCAAUGUUAGGGGUUAAUUUUGAGCGAGGAGUAAAAAUCACUGUGUAGAAUGUAUUAAUUAUAAAACAAUAAAAUGUGUUGUGAAUCCAUAUGCAGUACAUUAAGAACCAGGAAACAUGAAGAGAGAUGAAUGAAAGGCACUCUGAAGAGAAGCUCACACACUGACCACACAGGAACACUCACACCCUGCGUUCUUUGAGGGCUGUUUUUUUUUUUUUUUUUUUUUAUUCACAUGCCUUCGCAGUGUUUACCUUGAUUGUUUGUCGCUGUAGCUCCAUUUUACAGAACACUCGUAUGUGACGUGUUUCAAGGCUUCAUCGCACAUCGCAGUGCCCCGGGUUUGGUCGAGCCUGUUGCUAUGAGACCGUGAGUGGAUGAGCGUCUGGUUCUCGCAGAGCUUUUUGCAGUGAUGGGAUGUUGGGCUGGAGAAACUUUGCUGACUGACAUUUGUUUGGACUUUUAUAUAAGCUGCAAUUCCACCUCCCCCACCCCCACAUGUGACGAUGGGAUCGUUGUGUUUCCUGAGUGUGAACUGUAGCUGGGGUCAGACUGUGGCUCGGAGGUAAUUACCACGCAGAAACAAGUGAAACUUGGACACCGGUAAUUAAAAAUGAGUCACCGGGGUGGUUGACAUUUUGGCAGAAAGCAUAGGAAAAUUAAAGGGGCAGUUCAACUGAAUGACAAGCCACAUUUUCUCACUCACCACUAACAGUAUCUAGCUAUGCAGAUGGUUUUGGAUGUAUUUUCCCAGGAUUUUCUGAUUCCUGCCUACAACUCAAUUGCCUUUACAAAAAAUAUAUUUUUUUUUUUUUAUUAUGUGUAAUUUGCUUCCAUUUACUGAGUAGGAAGAUAACCCUUUCACAGCAAUGUCUUUGGGACAUCAAAAGGAAAUGAGGGGAAACAUUUCUCAAAAGAGCCAUUGUUCAUUAAGAUCAUCUAAAUGCUGCUCCUACAAAAUAAGAGCAUAUAAGUACAGAAACAUCAACUGUCAGGCCAAAAAAAAAAAAAACAAGCAAGAAGCUUUUCUUGUUUUAACAAGAAAACAUGAAAUGUCCUAAAAAAACUGAUCAAUAUCAGGUAAUAACAUGUUUGUUAUAACAAAAUGAUUGUCGUGUUCUUAUUUUUGUGAUGUAACAUGAUUUUUUCACGCUUUCUUACUAAAACAAAAAAGCUUCUUGCCAUGAGACAUUUUUUUGCAAAAAAAAAUUUAUGUUAUAACAAGAUGUUAAGUUCCUUGUUAAAAGAUAUUUUCACGUAAUAAGAUGCUUCCAUGUUAUGACAAAAAACUUAUUGUAAUAAAAGUUUUGCUUCUUUCUCUUUUACAAGAAAAGUGUCUUGCUAUAACAUAAAAGUGUCUCACUAUAAUAUAAAAAUAUCUGAUAAUAAUGUGAAAAAUAUCUUAUAUCAAGAAACUCUUCAUGUUAUUACCGGAUACUAAUACGUGUCUUUUCCUGUUUGCCAGUUCUACGCAUCAAUAUUUAAGGGUAUCAGUGGAAAUCUGAAAAACCUGGACAAAUAAAACUAUCUGCAUGAGUUGUAUGUGUAAAAAUGUGGCUUUCUAAAAUUCAGUGAGUAUAGCACUACAUGAAGGUGAACAGGUUUGUUUUGAAUCAUUGGGAGUAUGAUGUGAUUUUACUUUUUGUGGCAGUUAGAGAAGAACUAAGUUUCUGCUUUUCAAAGACGCCAAGAAAUAUCAGUAUGUCUGUAAAAAGGCGUGACGUACAGGACAAACACUCGCAAUAUUUAACCUGCACAUAUAAACUGUGUCUGCGUUACAGGUGUCCUCCUACAACCUGCAAACCACAGCUUUCCCACCCACUACAUCCACUGUCCAGUCUCCACUCUGCCAAAAGAGACAUUCAAGUCUGUGUUGUACGGACGUUGAGUUUAAGAGUUCUAUGGUAUCAGUUCUGUGAAUAAAUGUAUUUUUCCAAUGUUG